AUGGGUAAAUCGUUCGCUGAAGCCAUCAAGAUUGGCGAAAUGGUUAAAAAUGGGUUGAAAACGGGUCAAAUUCUAAGCCAAUCCGCUAUUAGAGCUACCUCCCAAGCCAUUCAGGGUGGGACUGGAGGAGUAGCUAAGGGCAAGAAAAAGGAAGAAACAUCCAUGGCAGCGUCGGGUGCAAGAAAACACCGUACUCCCAGAUCCCUUUUCUCAGAAAGGACCCCGCAGCACUAUUACCCCCACCAAGACAUGUCCUAUGCUCCUCAGCCAUACACGGUCAUGAAUGCUCAACCUUAUGUUCGGCCACAACAACAAGCCAACCGGAACCAAGCUUCAUUCCCUAGAAACCAGCCUCCUUACCAAACCCACUACAACCCCCGGCCUCCACAAAACAAUUUCCACCCUCGUGAGCCACCCAAGAGGCCAAAUUUCACUCUCAUCGGUGAAUCCUACUCCAGUCUGUUCCCAAAGCUUGUUCAAAUGGGUCUGCUACAGCCUGUUCCUCAAACCAGGCAAAACCCGGCAUCACCCGCUUACAGAGCUGGUGCCCGAUGCGCCUAUCACUCGGGGGCAGAAGGGCACGACGCCGAUGAUUGCUGGACUCUGAAGAGAGCCGUGGAGAACUUGAUAGAACAAAGGAAGAUAGUGCUAAGGGAUGAAGAUAUUCCUAAUGUGACUAACAACCCACUGCCGGCCCACAACAAUGGGCCGGUAAUCGGAAUGAUUUGUGAGGACAAGGAAUUUGACCCGGUGUUGAAGGCCAUCAUUGCCAUCGCUGAUGUAGAAAAGAAACCAAAAGCUGCUCCGAAGAGAUUCCAGCUAAACAAGACAGCCCAAAUGUAUGUGCCGAAGGGGACUUACAUGAUGUGGGGGCCAAUAAAUCCACCAAGGCUGAGUGAGCCCGUGGUUAUUGGCCGCGCACCACAAAAGCCCAUGACAGAUCCCACCGUUGUACCCUGGAAUUACAACAAAUCAGUGGUGACUUACAAGGGCAAAAAAAUCUCAGGAGAAGUUCAAGAAAAUCACCCGGCUGAAAAGUAUCUCAAUUUGGAAGAGAACAAUGCCACUAGAAAGCGCUUCCCAUCAAAGAAGCCAGUGAAUGCCGAAGAAGCAGAGGUUUUCUUUCAAAAGAUGAAAAUGGCGGAUUAUGAGGUGAUUGACCAGCUUCGAAAGUUUCCCGAACAAGUCUCUCUGUUAUCUCUGUUGAUGAACUCCACCGAACAUCAAAGGGUAUUGAUCAAGACCCUUAACGAAGCAUAUGUGCCUGUUGAGACCACUAUAGAGCAGUUGGAGAGAAUGGCAGAAAGAUUUUUUGCAGUUAACCAGAUCUCCUUCAGCAAAAAUGAUUUGCCCCCAGAAGGGACCGCACAUAACAAAGCCCUGCACUUGACAGUCAAAUGCGAAGGGUACUACAUGAAAAGGGUUAUGUUGGACGGAGGCUUUGGGGUAGAUAUUUGCCCACUCUCAACUCCGCAGCGCAUGGAAAUUGGUACCGAGAGAAUCCGGCCCAACAAUGUCUGUGUACGUGCUUUCGAUGGUGUCAAAAGGGACACAAUUGGAGAGAUUGAUCUGAUCCUAACCAUCGGCCCAGUAGACUUCGAAGUAACCUUCCAGGUUUUGGACAUGGACACUUCUUACAACUUUCUUUUGGGAAGGUCGUGGAUACAUGUAGCGGGGGAUGUACCUUCUACUCUCCACCAGAUGGUGAAGUUCGAGCAUGAGGAUCAAGAGAUUGUGGUCCAUGGGGAAGAUGAGCAAUCUAUUUAUCAGGACCCGUCAGUCCCGUGUCUUGAAGCAAGAGAGGGGAGUGAGCACAUAGCCUAUCAGGCUUUUGAGAUUGUGGUUGCGGACUAG